GGCCCCAACCGCUGCGAUAGCAGAUUGGGAACAUUUGAAAAAUAUUAACAGAAACAACCGUCACUGGGCGUAACGGUCAUUAACUGCCUCUCGCGCCUUCUUCUUCUUCCUCUUGUCUCCUCCAAACCCUUAUAUAAAUUCUCCAAAUGAAUCCUCUCAAAUCAUUUUUUUCUCUCUCCUUCUUUCUCAAGCACCGACCGGUGCUUGAGAAAACUAGCAGUAUACUAGUUAUUUACCAAGCCAAUUGCCAUGGCGGAUCCUGCAGCAACUGUUCCCUACCAUGACCCCUACGAUGUUCCCUUUGAAGAUGAAAUUCUUGAUUUUAUUGGAGAUCCGAAUCCUACUCUCUUUGAUUUGUCGAUGACUACCCAAGAAGAAGGAGCAGUACUACCUUUUUCAAAUCCUUCAUCUGUUCUGAACCCCAGUAAUCAGAUCGCAGAUUCUGAUAAUCUAUUGGAUGAUCCAGUUAUGUGGGAAUUUUAUGGAAAGCCUGAUAUGGCUGGGAGUUCUCAAGCAGGUUCGUCGAGGAACUAUGGAGGGGAAACCAGUAAUGAGCGGAGAGAGGAGAAUUGGCAACUACAAAACAUGACUUUAGAUUAUGGAAACAAUAACCAUUCACAAAUUCUUUCGAAUUGGCCACCAUCGCCUCUCCCUUUUGGUUGCAGUUGUUGCCAAGUACUUCGAGAAAUAAUUCAUAGUAAUGGUCGAGAUGUUACAAAACUUGAGAUUCACGGAAGGCUUGGACUGAUCUGUCAUGCCAUACUUGACAUCCAUUCAUCUGCUUCGGUUUCUCAGAAUCAUCAUUAUGAAAUGUGGGAUUUUUGCAAGAAAAGCAUCGCAGAUGUCAAACAACUUCUGGUUCAAUACUGCUUUGAAAGAAACCAAGAAGGAUUUUGGAUGGUGCAGGACCCUCUUUCUCUCUUCUACGAAGCCCUAUGCGUGGGAUUUGCCUGGGAUGAAAAUCUAAAUAGGGGCGAGUUCGUUCCACCUUCCUCAAAUGCAGCGGGUGCUGAAACAAGUCAACCAAAGACAGAUAAUAACUCGCCUAGCGCACCCAAAACCUCUCUUGCAGCACAGAGGGAGAGAACAGGCAAGCUGACCAUAAAAGAUGUUGGGCCGUAUUUUCAUCUUCCGAUUGAGGAGGCAGCCAAGAAAAUGAAUCUAUGUCCUACUGUAAUGAAAAGGAUAUGUCGAAGAGCUGGGUUAAGUAGAUGGCCUCAUCGAAAGAUUAAAAGCAUAGAGCGGAAAAUCUCAGAUUGCACUCCAGAUCUCAAUUCAAACAAUGCAGAGUUAAGAGCCCGCGCUCAAGCAGACAUUGAGAAGCUUCAGAAACAAAUUGACAAAAUCCGUGCUGGAGGAAUAGGACAAGCAGGAAGCAUACCAUUAUGUUCGAUGUUUCAAGAGGAAAGAAAUGAGUAGUCCUCGCACACUGGUUUGCAUUAAGAAAGUGAAGCAAGAUGCAGCAGAAGAGUGGGACGAGAGCAUGCCAUUGCCAGGAGAUAUCAUCGAAGGGUUUGCUGAAGAUGAUGGUGAUGGUGAAGUGUUUAUGCCACCCAAAGCCAGG